GGAUAACCUUUCCACCCUUGAACUUGAAUUUCCCCGAAAGAAGGGUCUCCGCUGAGGAGAAAACACUCGAUGUACACUGCAAGAUUUGGCUGGCAGCCUGAUUGUCGUGAAAGGAUGUGCCGGAAUCGCAGGCAUCCCAGAUCAGUUUAAGGCGAUCGGCCACAACAGACUUCACCACUGGGCAAGCCAUAUAGCUUAGCGAAUUUACAGUUUCCUCAACAUCUCUGGUUCCCAAUCGGCAUGCAGGAAUAUCAAAAAUGGCUGCAGUGGACAACCUUCCGGCCUCGAACUCAACAGUGAUCGUCCAAGCCCUGGAUACAACGCUGUGCUUAUUCGUCAAGUCGCUGAACUUCCUGGAUCCGGUCAUACCUGGCCAUGAAGCAUACAAUUGUCCAACUAUGGCCUUCCUAGUAUCUAACCAGUCGAACGGAAGGAGAAUUCUCUUCGAUGCAGGUGGUAGAAAGGACUACUGGAAUUACUCCCCACUUGUCGACCGUCGCUUCAAAAAUGGUGUGAAUGUGCUGGGCUUCAGGUGCGAAAAGGGGGUGGAUGAGGUCCUCGAGGAAGGUGGAAUAUCUCUAGGGAGCUUGGAGGCCGUAGUUUGGUCACACUGGCAUUUCGAUCACAUCGGGGACAUGUCGAAAUUCCCAAGAACCACAAGAAUCGUCGUUGGCCAAGGUUUUAAGAGUGUCAUGUUACCCGGUUAUCCAACAAACCCGGAAUCGCCAUUGCUAGAGUCUGACUACGCCAACAAAGAACUUCUGGAGAUAGACUUCGACGAUUCUUUCAAGAUUGGCGACUUUCGCGCUUUCGACUACUUCGGAGACGGGUCAUUCUACUUGCUUGAUGUACCUGGCCAUGCAAUCGGCCAUAUGUGUGGCCUCGCGAGGACGACUGAGGAUACUUUCUUACUUAUGGGAGCAGAUACGUGUCACUUUGCCGGGGCUUUAAGACCAACGGCUGCAGUCCCGUUGCCUCCAAGUCUGGAUCCGGGAGCUUGGGGUCUUGAUGCCAGUUUUCCAGCACCUUGCCCGUGUUCUAUUUUCACAGAUUGCCACCCAUGCUCUGAUGUGGAAGAACGAACGAAGAGGCCAUGGUAUACAGCAAGCAAGGCAUCAGGAAGCGCUUAUGUAGACCCAAGAGUCGCGGAUCAAAGCAUCGCGUCGAUGCAAGCUUUCGACGCAAAUCCUAAUGUGCUUGUGUGCCUAGCUCAUGAUCCCGGACUGUUCGAAAUUUUGCCUCUGCUUAACAAGGAUCCAUCAAGCACUGUGAACAAUUGGCGACAGCAGAACUACAAGGAGCAGGCUCGGUGGCGAUUUUUGAACGAACUACCGAGAAACGGCAAGCCUGGUCGACCACCUUUGGUGCUGGGAUGGUGGAAGGACGGAAGACAAGUCGAAAAAGAUGACGCGUUCUCGGCACGUAGUGUGACAUAAAUGAAUCGUUUCUUAGUAGAUAAAGAAACAUGCAGUCUCCAAUUUCUAAUUGAAC